CACCCCGAGGAGGGAGCCGCGCCGCACCCCCGUGCGCCCUGGGUCGCGUGGCUGCGGGGCGUCUUAUGAACCUGCUCGCCUAUGAGUCUCGCCAGAGCGGGGUGGGCAGGGGGUAGAUACUCGUGUGUGGAUGCGGCUCUGCCGCACGGAUCGUAUGUUAGCAAUGACCUGGAAAAGCUGCCACCUUCAUUCAGUUUCUGUACGGAGCCUGAGUGACAACUCAAGGGUUUAAAACUCACUGGCUUAACAGCAGUGGCUUCCGCAUAAAGGCAAACGGCUCAGUGAUAUGGAUCAAGACUAAGUCAGAACUCAAGAUCUGGCCUAUUGAUUGGAGGAAACUGGCCACUGUUCUGGAUACAAUAGAAUAAGAAUUUUGAAAGGAAUUGCAUUUGCCUAAAUGUGUCUGAACAGAUCAAACAGCAGAAACUGAGUCCUGGGGGGUUGAGCCCCACACAAUUCAGCAAAGUGAAUCUUUGUUGGGAGGAAAGGAGGCACUUUUUCAGUGGCCAUCAGAAAAGAACUGAAUAAGGAAAUGGCAACUUCUGUUGCCACCAAGACAGCUUGGAAGCUGCGUCUGUAACAACCUGCUAAUUCUCUAAUAUAAUAUAAGAACAGCUGGUGAACAGGUUGGAACGCUUAUAAAGCCAAGCCUGCCUUGGAGUGUUCCACUUGUUUAAUGUCAAUAUUCUUUUUGGAUUGCUCUCUGUUGCUGCCUCUACCAUCGCUAUAGAAGAGAUCACAGCUCACAGCAGCAAUGUGUCCUCGCUGGUUCUGGGCAAAAGUUCAGGUCGGCUGCUGGCAACUGGCGGAGAGGACUGUCGGGUCAAUAUAUGAGUUUGACAGGCCAUACAACACCAGUGGAGAGUGUGAGGAUCAAUACAAAUGAAGAACUCAUUGUUGCAGGAUCCCAAUCAGGAUCCAUUCGAGUAUGGGAUCUGGAAGCUGCCAAAAUUCUUCGUACAUUAAUGGGUCACAAGGCAAAUAUCUGCAGCCUCGAUUUCCAUCCUUUUGGAAGCUUUGUGGCUUCGGGGUCCCUGGAUACUAACAUCAAGCUCUGGGAUGUAAGAAGAAAAGGCUGUGUCUUCCGGUACAAGGGUCACACACAAGCAGUUAGGUGUCUCCGAUUUAGUCCUGAUGGGAAGUGGUUAGCGUCCGCUGCAGAUGAUCACACUGUAAAGCUGUGGGAUCUGGCGGCUGGGAAGAUAAUGUUCGAGUUUACAGGACAUACAGGCCCAGUAAACGUUGUUGAAUUUCAUCCCAAUGAAUACCUCUUGGCCUCCGGCAGCGCUGACAGGACAGUCAGAUUCUGGGACUUGGAGAAGUUUCAAGUGGUGAGCUGCAUUGAAGAAGAGGCCACUCCUGUCAGGUGUGUUCUUUUCAACCCAGAUGGCUGCUGCUUGUAUAGUGGCUACCAGGAUUCACUACGUGUGUAUGGCUGGGAGCCUGAGCGCUGCUUUGAUGUGGUCUUGGUGACCUGGGGAAAAGUGGCUGACUUAUCUAUCUGCAACAACCAGCUGAUAGGGGUUUCCGUCUCGCAGAGUACAGUCUCCUCGUUCGUUGUGGACCUCAGCAGAGUCACAAAGUCUGGUUCUGGUCUUCAUGGACCGAUCAAAGAUGAUAGGCCUCUGGCUCAGCCCACCCCCACAGGGUCCUCCCUUCGACGCAUCUAUGACAGGCCAUCAACUACCUGUAGCAAGCCCCAAAGAGUGAAGCACAACUCAGAGAGCGAGAGGCGCAGUCCCAGCAGUGAAGAUGACCGGGAUGAAAAGGAAUCAAAGGCUGAGAUCCAGAAUCCAGAGGAUUACAAGGAGAUCUUCCAGCCCAAGAAUUCCAUCACUCGAACUCCACCACCAAAGAGUGAGCCCUUCCCAGCCCCUCCCGAGGAUGAGCCUAUCAUCAUAAAGGAAGCAGCAAAGCCCAGCCAAGUCGUGGACAUUCAGACCCCACUGCCAAACCAAGAAAACCCUGGCCUGAUUCAGAGGCCACCAAUAGCGUCCUCAACCCCUGUGACCAGAGCAGAGCCAUCAGUGAUUCCUGCAGCCAGGAAUGCGCCCAUUGGGCUGAAGGCCUCUGACUUUCUGCCAGCUGUGAAAAACCAAAGCCAAUGCGAGAUAGUGGACGAGGAAGCCAUGUCCCAGAUCCGUAAGGGCCAUGAGACUAUGUGUGUGGUGCUCACCAGCCGCCACAAGAACCUGGACACUGUGCGAGCGAUGUGGAGCACUGGUGACAUAAAGACAUCUGUGGACUCUGCUGUGGCUAUCAAUGAUCUCUCGGUCAUAGUGGACCUACUGAACAUUGUCAACCAGAAGGCGUCUCUCUGGAAACUGGAUCUGUGUACUAUAAUUCUGCCUCAGAUAGAGAAGCUCCUUCAAAGCAAAUAUGAAAGGAGGGUCUUUUAUGCAGGCUGGGGAGGUUUGUUUGAGGACACCAACCUCAGGACACUAAGUUGUUAUGUACAGACUGGCUGCACCUCCUUAAAGCUGAUUCUCCAGAGAUUCCUGCCACUGAUCACCGACAUUCUUGCUGCACCACCGUCUGUUGGGGUGGACAUCACAAGAGAAGAGAGGCUCCAUAAGUGCAAACUGUGUUACAAGCAGCUGAAGAAUAUCAGCAAUAUCAUAAAGAACAAGUCUGGACUGAGUGGCCGCCAUGGCAGUGCCUUCCGUGAGCUUCACCUCCUCAUGGCUGUCUUUGAGUGACAGCUGCCUCCGCCUCCACACACGCAAACACACAGGUUCAAUUAGUUCCAUCUGUCUCACGCCGUGUCCAUCCUUGUUCCCCAGAGCACAGCAGGGAACCGAAGUCCCCGCUGGCUACCUGCCCCACCUCUGGUGCCUUAGGAGCUGGAUUGAAAACCUGAUUUGGAGGUGUCUGUCCUGCAUGUGGGAGGGGCCUGGCUGGAUGAAGACUGCAGCAGAGCUAACUCCUUUCUCUGGUUCUUAUGUGGAGCUAACUUAAGUUCAGCUCUCCAUAGAACUUUUACCCAGCUCUUUCUCUGCUAGACCUCCUCCCUGGGGUGGGGCUCAGAAUCAGCCAUCACUCCGCCGUCUCCCACUCCCAUACUCAUCGUCAGCCCGCUUGUUACCUGACUACUCCAGCCACGGAGAGGCUGUGGAUCAGACCAGCUGGAACACUUGAGUCUGGAACUGGAGGCCUGCUCUGUUUUUCCCUUCACAGUCAGAUGAGCGAUGGAAUCCCUUUUCCAGGAGCUUCCCUCUGCUUGGGUAUUGCCAGAGCAGCACUGCGGAAGAGCUGGCUCUGGGCAGAGUGCCCCUUUCCUAGAGCGUGGACAUGGCUAGUGCUUUUCUACUGGCAUCUGGGACUAGCCCCUUCCUUGGUGAACUUUUUCAGAGGAUUUGAGUCAGGAUAUCGCACAGCACUAGUCCUGCUGGUGUCACACCUGAAGUCUCAAGGCCCUGUUUCCAGUGGAGGCUGUCUUGCGGUCUGCCUGAUAGCGGGGGUGCUUAAGAUCCCUGUUAGUGGCUCUUGGCUGUGUAGCUUUAGUUAUGUUAAAAUCUAACUAGGAGUAGGUGGGGAUGGGGCCUACAUGAUCUGUUUGUAAAUGGAACUUAGCCAGGACUUGCCCUAUGUGUUUGCCUUUGGGGAGGGUUUUGAGCUGGGAGUGUGUGGGCGGGUGAGAGGCAGAUGGACACAGACCAACCUCUUGCUACACCCAUUGGACUCUUAGAGAUUUUUCAAUAAAUGACUGUCAGAACCUUUGUCCAUUCUUGCUUCUUUCCUGUAGGGAAGGAGGCUCCUGUGCUGAGGGCUCCCUCCCCACCAUUAAUACGCUGGAGCCUGCUGUUCAGGAAACUAACUUAUAAUGAAUUUUAUUAAAAAUUUGUAACUUAUUUGGAAAA